ACACACACACGCGCGCGCGCGCGCAGACUUGAAGAAGAGAGAUUCUAAGUGAAAGGGUUUUGGAAACAGAAAGAGAAGUUGGGGAAGUGAUAUUGGGGAGCAGGUAGGGGCUGCAGGGGGAAAGGGGACGAGAAUGAGUAAGGGAAGGAGCCGGCAGGGACAGGAAGGGACCAGGUUUGGAGAGAGAGUGAGGUGAGACGGGAAGGAAGGGUGUGAAGAGAGAGAGACCUUCAGGGACGGAGAGCCAGAGACAGAGUGUGAGGAAGCAGCUGAGAGACCGAGAGACAGAGCAGGGCGGAGCCUGAGACCAGGGCACCCCCACACCCAGGGUGCCCUCUGAUGCCCCCGGUCGUUGAGACCCAGCGCUGGUCCUUGAUGGAGGAGGGCAGGCCCCGGAGCAGCCUUAGUGUGGCCAGCAGCGUCUCCACCAUCGCCUCACUCAACAACUUGAGCGCCAAGAAGUCCACCAGGGCGGUGAGCAAGGUCCACGCCUUCGGGAAAAGGGGCAAUGCUCUCCGGAGGGACCCCAACCUCACGGUCCACAUCCGAGGCUGGCUGCACAAGCAGGAUAGCGCUGGUCUCCGGCUCUGGAAACGCCGCUGGUUCGUCCUUUCUGGUCAUUGCCUCUUCUAUUACAAGGACAGCCGCGAGGAGAGCGUCCUGGGGAGUGUCUUGCUCCCCAGCUACAGUAUCAAACCAGAUGGGCCGGGAGCCCCUCGCGGGCGGCGCUUCACCUUCACCGCGGAGCACCCGGGCAUGAGGACUUACGUCCUGGCGGCGGACACACUGGAGGACCUGAGAGGUUGGCUUCGCGCGCUGGGCCGCGCCUCCCGGGCGGAGGGUGAUGAUUGUGGGCAGCCCAGGUCACCUGCACGUCCCCAGCCUGGGGAGGGCCCUGGUGGCCCCGGUGGACCCCCAGAGGCGAGCCGAGGGGAAGAGGGACGCAGUCCAGAAUCACUGGAGGUGGCGCGGCUCUCUCGGGCGCGUGACGGACCCAGGAUGCUCACUCCCAGCUCCACAAGUGACCUUGGCCGGAGGGCAAGGAGCCCAGACUUGUUCACACCCCUCUCUCGCCCUCCUUCUCCUCUGAUUCUCCCCCGGCCCCGUUCUGCUCCGGCGCGCCGACCCCCUCCUUCCUCUGGAGACUCCGCACCCCCUGCCCGUCCCCAUACCCCCAUGAAUCGCAUCGAUGUCCGGCCUCCCCUGGAAUGGGGCACCCAGCGCAGGACCCUCUCCCGGCCCCCCACUCCUCGCCGAGGACCCUCUUUUGAGGCUGGAUCAGGAAGGGCUCCCAAGAGCCCGCAGCACCGGAGUCAAGAGUCCAGAACACAGGUCAACAGAGAGGCCCCCUCUGGCUCUGCCACCUAUCUACAGCUCCCCCCAAAGUCCCCUGGAACCCGAGCCUCCAUGGUGUUACUGCCUGGGCCCCCGCUGGACUCAACCUUCCACCAAAGCUUGGAGACCGAUACGCUGUUGACCAAGCUGUGCGGGCAGGACCGGCUCCUGAAGAGGCUGCAGGAAGAGCUAGACCAGAGGCAAGAGGAGAAGGAGCAACUGGAGGCCGCUCUGGAGCUGACCCGACAGCAGUUGAGCCAAACGACUCGCGAGGCUGGGGCUCCCGGGAGGGCCUGGGGGCGCCAGCGCCUUCUGCAGGACCGGCUGGUGUGCGUGAGGGCCGCUCUCUGUCACCUGGCUCAGGAGCGGGAGCGGGUGUGGGACUCGUACAGCGGCUUGGAGCAGGAGCUGGGCACACUGCGAGAGACCCUGGAGUACCUGCUGCAUCUUGGUUCCCCCCAGGACAGAGCAUCAGUUCAGCAGCAGCUGUGGAUGAUGGAAGAUACGCUGGCAGGUCUGGGAGGUCCCCAGAAACCACCCCCGAACCCCGAGUCUGGCUCUCCAUCCUCUGUGCUCCCCGGUGAGGAGUCUUCAGAGAGAGAGUGUGUUUGGGUGCUCGGCGACCCCUUUGGGACCUCGUGGGGGAACAAGGCUUUGGGAAAGGAGAGUCAUGGGUGGCCCAUGGCUGGAGCCCCCCAAUGCUCCUCUCUGCAGGCCCCGCAGCCCCGGCCCCGGAUGAGCGCCCAGGAGCAGCUGGAACGCAUGCGCAGACACCAGGAGUGGGCCAGGCCCCUCCCCUCCAGCUCCUCCCUCAGGCUCCUCCCCCUGGGCCGGACCCUGCCCCCGGCCCGACGCCAGCCCGACGCGGAGCCCAGGGUGAGGAGCAGAGGGUGGAGGCGCGGCCCUCAGAUCUUCCCUUCUCCCGACUCCCUCUCUUCUAGUCCAAGGAAUACUACGCCUUAUUUGCCCACAUCUGAUGGUCACCGGGAGCGGGUCCUCAGCCUCUCCCAAGCUCUGGCUACAGAGGCCUCACAAUGGCAGCGAAUGAUGACAGGUGGAAAUUCGGACGCCCGAGGAGAACCCCUCCCCCCUGCACCUCCGUCUCCACCGGACCCCACACCCCGAGCGGUCUCUCCCCCAAGAUCUCCGGCGGUCAAUUCCCACGUGGUGGCUUCCUCCAGCCUGAGUAGUGGGCGUGGCAGAGGCUCCGCCCCCUGGGAGUCCACGUGGGAGCCUGGCACCGCCCCUCCCGCCCUGACUCCGGCCGAGGGGGCGUGGCCCUUACGAGUUACGCUACUGCAGUCCAGCUUCUGAUCCGCCCAAACGUAUCAACCAAAGUGUGGGGUGUGGCACCGCCCACAGAGCUUGAGCCAAUCAAGGACCCUGGGGCGUGGCCAGGGGGCGGGGGGGAGUGUCUCCCACGGCAGGGAGAGACCGGGUUUCCACAGCGAAAUUUUGAUUUUCCCAACGCUGUCCAAGCUUGAAUUAAACCUUUGAACUUUCA